AUGAGCCGGAACCUGCACCCGGAGGGCGACGGGCCGAUGUACGUCCAGCCGACUGCAGCGGCCCACGGGCCGGCUCUUGCUGCGCGUCGCGCCUUUGCUCUUCCGACUGGCGACGCAUACAUGACCGCGGUUCCACUCAAUGGCCACGUCACGGCAGUCAACGCCAACCGCGCCUUCGAUUUUGGGGGUCACGCUGAGAGGGCCACAUCUGUUACGGCCGACAUGGAGUUGGGGACAGACGAGCUCAUGAACGACGGCUCAUCUCAUGUUGAGCAGACGCACAUGCCGGACUCUUCUUCGGGCAACACUACGGCUUACUUUGUGCCCAUGGACAGGGCUUGGGGUCCGUAUUGA